GCUGCUGACGUCACACAACUUCCUGGGGGGAAAAAAAAGACUCGAACAAAACAGAUAGGAGGGAUAGAUACAACAGGGAAGUUUUGUUUUACGUGAAAGGUUAGACUUUAUAUUAUUUACUGAAAAAAAUCGCGCGUGGAACGAAAUAUCCAGUUAUUUAGGCGUAAUUUGUUUGUUCGGUGUUGUGGAAGCGCCGCGGUUCAGAGAGUUGUGUGAAUCCCUGCGCUGAUAACAUGAAUGUCGAUGCUGCACAGGCGGCGCCGAGCGGAGCAGCGAGCACAAACUCCUCAACCCCGAGCAGCAGCAAUUGUGUCCCUAACAGCAACUCCGCCGCUAAUGUCAGCAGUUUACCUCCAACUGGCAGCACUAAUGUUCCAACCUCAGCUGCCAUGGCAACACCAUCAUCAGACUCUGUGUCCAACGGGCUGUACGUGCCCACGGGAUUAGCUAACGGUGACGUGAAGCCUGUCAUCUCAAGCACACCAUUGGCUGAUUUCCUGAUGCAGCUGGAAGACUACACCCCCACAAUCCCAGACGCGGUCACAGGAUAUUAUCUCAAUCGAGCAGGAUUUGAAGCAUCAGAUCCGAGGAUAAUCCGUCUGAUCUCAUUGGCGGCUCAGAAGUUUGUCUCGGACAUCGCUAACGAUGCACUUCAGCACUGUAAAAUGAAGGGCACUGCAUCUGGAAGCUCCCGAAGCAAGACAAAGCAGGAUAAGAAGUACACACUGACGAUGGAGGACCUGACUCCGGCUUUAUCCGAGUAUGGCAUCAACGUUAAAAAACCCUACUACUUCACGUAAAAAACUAACAUCCUGUAACAAACUGCUGAAAGUAACAUGGCUCCAUAAAUAGGUGUCCACACUGUAGAGACCUGACUUUUUAACAGCGAAAACCUUUGGUCCAUGUGACACAGAGAAGGCUGUAGGUGUGUGUUUUUUUUUCCUUUUCAUUUAUUUAGCAAUUUAUUUUAAGUUUUUGUUUUUGCUUAACUAUGGAUGUAAUUCAUUACAUAUUUGUAAUAUUUGAUUAAUGGAAAUAAACAGAAAUGUAUCACUUA